AUGGCCACCUCUUUCCCUCCCCCUCCCGUCAACACCAUUGACUGGGACAACAUUGGCUUCCAGGUCCGCGAAGUCAACGGCCACAUCGAAUCUACCUACUCGAAAAAGACAGGCCAAUGGACCGCCCCCGAGUUCGUCACCUCGCCCUACCUCCGCAUCCACGGCAUGGCCCCAGGCCUCAACUACGGCCAACAAUGCUACGAAGGCCUCAAAGCCUUCCGCACCCCUGACGACUCUGCCAUCACCAUCUUCCGUCCCAGCAUGAAUGCACGCCGCAUGCAACACUCUGCCUCCUUUGUCAGCAUGCCCGAAGUCCCCCUCGAGCAUUUCGAGGAGUGCGUCAAAGCUGCAGUGGCUUUGAAUGCAGAAUUCGUGCCCCCGGCUAGAACGGGAGCUGCCAUGUACAUUCGCCCUCUGCUGUUUGGCAGUUCUGCGCAGUUGGGCCUGUCACCACCCGACGAGUAUACAUUUGUAGUCUGGGUGUUGCCCGUGGGCGUCUAUCACGGUGUUCACUCUGUUCCCGCACUCAUCCUCGAGGACUUUGACCGUGCGGCACCCCACGGUACCGGUUCCGCCAAAAUCGGCGGCAAUUACGCCCCUGUCUUGCGUUUCAGCGACAGAGCUAGAAAUGAUGGAUACGGCAUCACUUUGCACCUGGACUCGAGGACGCGAUCCGAGAUUGACGAGUUCAGCACCAGUGCGUUUUUGGGAGUCAAGCGGGAUGGAGAGAGCACGACCUUGGUGGUGCCGGACAGCAAGAGUGUGAUUGAGAGCGUGACUGCAGACUCUGUGUGCGAGAUUGCGAAAAGGUCGUUUGGAUGGAAGGUCGAAAAGCGCGCUAUCAAAUACGAUGAACUGUCCACCUUUGACGAAGUCUUUGCCGCAGGAACAGCAGCAGCACUCGUCCCCAUCAAGAGCAUCACCAUGAAAUCCUGCAACGACACUUUUACCUAUCUCGACUCUGAUGAGCCUGGUCCCGCUUGCUUGAAGCUGCUCGACAACCUCAAGGGCAUCCAGACUGGACGUUACGAGGACAAGUUUGGAUGGAACAUCAAGGUCGAGAAGAGCAGCAAGGAUGCUUUUGAGCAAAGUGCUGGAACCGCAGAGGCAAGUGCUGGUGAGGCUGAGGCAAAGAGUGCUAGUGUCGAUGCUGUCAAUGCUUGA